UGCCAGUAGUGCCACCUUUUAAUAAUAUUUAGCGUCAAGAAGUGGACACCAUUUUAUAGCUUGUAUAUAAAUUUUAUUUUUCUUUUGUAUGUUAAAAGAAAAUGAGUGAUUAUUCGGCUGUAGGUCCACCGCAGCAAAAUUACAAUCAGUCUUCAGCAUUUGCAGCGGCAUUACAGCGGGCUAAACAGAUUGCCGCAAAAAUUAAUCCUGGAUCUACAAAUUCGAGCGACAGCCGACCGAAAAGGCCAUUAGAAGACGGCUCAGAAAGUGAAUUUUCAGAACCGGAUGCGAAAAAGGGACCGGGGGCAUUAGGAGGAUCACAGGGAGGACCACCAAUGGGCAGACCACCACAAAGUCAGGGUGGUAUGGGUGGCCCACCAAUGGGUAAUGGUCCACAAGUUAAUGAAGACAUUAAAGUUCCAGAUAAAAUGGUUGGCUUAAUAAUUGGUCGCGGAGGUGAACAGAUAACUAGGCUGCAAUCCGAGUCGGGUUGUAAGAUACAGAUGGCACCCGAUUCGCAGGGCCAGCCUGACCGCAUCUGCUCGUUGUCAGGUUCAAAGGAGGCCGUCGUUCGUGCCAAGGAGCUCAUCAUGAGCAUUGUGCACCAACGGGGCGGCGCUCACGACGGAGGCCCCGACAAUGGCUUGGGUCCCAGGGGCCCCGGUGGUCCGCCGCCCCACGGCGGGGGCCCCCACGGCGGCUUCCAAGGAGGCAUGAAUAAUAUGGGUAUGGGAGGACCACCAGGGAUGGGAGGCCCUCCAGGGAUGGGCGGUCCACCUGGUAUGGGAGGAAUGGGUCCUGGUGGAAUGGGGGGUGCUCCGUCAGGUCAAGGAGGACGUACUAGUGUAGAAAUUAUGAUACCAGGGCCCAAAGUUGGCUUAAUUAUAGGAAAAGGAGGUGAAACCAUUAAACAAUUACAGGAAAAAAGUGGGGCAAAAAUGGUAGUCAUACAGGAGGGACCCAAUCAGGAACAUGAGAAACCUUUGGUCAUAAGUGGUGAGCCACAGCGGGUUGAACAUGCUAAACAAUUAGUUUAUGAUUUGAUUGCUGAGAAAGAGAUGAAAACUUUUAAUAGAGGCGGAGGAGGACGGGGUAGAAAUGACAGGAAUCAGGACAGUUACAAUGAUUAUGGUGGGAAUUCUGGUGAAGUUGAAGUCUUGGUUCCACGAGCGGCAGUUGGUGUGGUCAUAGGAAAAGGUGGAGAUAUGAUUAAAAAAAUUCAAUCUGAAACAGGUGCUAGAGUGCAGUUUCAACAAGCACGGGAUGAAGGUCCAGGAGACCGCAGUUGCUUUUUAUCAGGCAAUCCAAAGCAGGUUGAACAUGCGCGUCAAAAAAUAGAAGAAUUAAUAGAUAGUGUACAACAAAGAGAUGCUGGCCAUGAUAUGGGUCGAAUGGGUGGUGGUGGUAGAGGCGGGAGAGGGCGUGGAGGUGGUCGAGGUGGUGGUAGAGGGGGUUUCAUGGGCGAUCGUAAUAACGAUAGAGGUGGUUAUGGAGACGGGGGCAAUGGCUGGAAUGAUAGAAACCAAGUUGGUGCCCAACAGGAAGUUCAAUUUACAGUGCCGAGUAAUAAGUGUGGAGUCAUUAUUGGUAGAGGGGGAGAAACUAUAAAGCAAAUUAAUCAGCAAUCAGGCGCAUACUGCGAAAUUGACAGAAGAAGUAAUUCGAACCCAAAUGAAAAAACUUUUAUUAUAAAAGGAGACCCUGAUACCAUAGAGAGCGCUAAGCGCAUAAUACAGGACAAAAUUCAAAUGCCGCUCAACUUUGUCAGUACUUCUGGUCCGCCCAUGGCAAAUAGUAUGCCUACCGCAUAUCCUGGAAUGGCACCCCAAGGUUAUAAUCCCCAAGGUUGGGGUAAUAUGCCUGGAUAUCAACAACAGUGGGGUCAACCACCCCAAGGAAAUGAUUCUACUCAAAAUAAUGCUGUAGGAAAUUCGCAAGUUUCUGUCAAUCCGGCCACUGGCCAACCAGAUUAUUCUUUACAAUGGGCUGAAUAUUACAGAACACUGGGAAUGCACAGGGAAGCCGAAAUGAUUGAACAACAAGCAAAAUCAAAAAAUGCUGGAGGAGGUGCAGUAGGUGGUGGUGCACCCCAAACUGGAGCAGUGCCAUCCACUAACAACUCUGCCGCUUCUUCAGCCGGCCAGCCAGAUUACAGCGCUCAAUGGGCCGAAUACUAUAGAAGUAUAGGAAAAGUGAAAGAAGCUGAAGCCAUCGAAGCGCAAAUGAAAACUAAAGGUCAGGGUUCUGCAGUACCAUCUUCUGGUGUGUCUGGCGCUGCUGCAGUUCAACAAACCACUGGAGCUGCUCCAACAGGUUAUCAACAACCAUAUGGAGCAUAUCAGGCACCUACAGCAAAUUAUUAUGGAGCGCAACCUCAGGCUGGCGUACCGGGCGCAGUUCCACAACAAAAUUAUGGUUUUCCGUCGUACGGCUAUGGAGGUCAACCCACCGCAGCUCCGCCCAAUCCGCCAGAUAACUAACCUUGAACUUACAAAAUACUUUGGCAACAGCUGGGUCACAGUUUGAGUAGUCCCGGAAGUACGAGAUUUAUAAAAAUGACCACUGGUCACCGUUGUGACUGACUAUUGCCUAACACUGUAGGUUAAUGGGAGGUGCAAACAUCCAACUCCAAAAUCUGGUAGGUGUGAAACGUACCUUUUUUCCUGAUAUAUACAUGUUGUCCCAAAAGUCUUGGAUCAAGUUAAAGUAAGCCAUAUGGGGAGUUCAUUUAAAAACGGUUUACGAACAUCUUUUUACAUCCAUUUUCUCUUUAAAUUCUCUAUUUUUACAUUUUUUAUAAUUUUUUUUAUAUUUAUUUUUCUUAAAAAGAAUGUUGAAAUAUGUACUAUGUCAUAGAUUUGACGAUGGAAAAUGGUAGCAUAUUGUGAACCCGAGUUGGCACAAGUAGGAUUUUGUUUUUAUCAUGGUGCAUAUUUCCAGAAAAACCGCGUGGUGUAUAAAAUUUUUCAGAUUUAUUUUUUGGUAAAUGCGUCAAAUUUCAUUUUCAGGACACAUUCAUAAAGAAAUUUUCAUGCUGCAAUUUUUUCUUACAGGGCUAGGAUGGAAAGUAAUAAAAAUAAGGAAAAAUAAAAAUAAUCCCUCACAAACUCUGUAGUGUAUUUUUUGUAGGAGUAGUUUUGUUAUAGCAUUAACUAUAUGAAUACACUUUACAAGACACAUUUUUUUAAUUAAUGGUUUUUUGUUUUACUUGAGCAUUAAAUUUAGCGCAAUGUUAUAAUGAAAACAUUUUGCAAUUUUUCAAGAAGGUGCGCUGUGGCAGCAUGUUUCAACAUUCAAUCAAACAGAGAAAAUUCCCGAAACAAAAAAAAUUUUAAAACAUUAAAAAAAUAGUGAUACUUGAAGUUGGAUUUGGUCAAGUUUGGUUCGUUAGGUCUUUAAUUGCAAAUUCUCCUGUUCCUUGUUUUAAUCAGAUGCAUGGCUUGAGACACUUUGUAUAGUUCUCCAUAAAUAUGCAAUUUUGUUGCAAACUGCAAGUUGCAUUGGCUUACGGGGAGGUUAAUAAGCCAUAAACUAUAGAUAAUAUUAAUUGUUGAUUAGGUGUGAUAUAUUUAUUAUUCACUUCCUUGGUCCAAUGCUUUUUGUAGCUAAUAUAAUGUUCGUAUAGUAACAUUUAAUCGAAUUAUUUGUCGCAAGAGUAUAGGAUACGUAAUAACUUUAAUAUGUUUAAUAUUUUGACGUAGACCUGGUCUAAUUUUGGCCAGGGUUCUCAGCAACUUGGAGAACUUGUAAAACUGAGGUGGUUCCUAAUAGGUCAGCAAAAUUUCCGCAGUUUUCCGUUGUGGCUAGUAAAACGAGAGUUUUGAUUUUAUCGAUUAAUUUUUCAUUAUAUUUUUAAUAGUGGAGUAGAUGUCCAAAAGCUUUAAAAAUUUUUUGGAAAUUGUCACCUGCGCGUCAGAGAAUGAUCAAUUCUUUAAAUUGCUGAAGAACCUCUUUUAUGGUUUUGCGCUACCAAUGGUCUUUGAAGAUUUUGCGUUUUACCAAACACUGCCACACAAAGAAAAGCAAACAAAAAGAUUAACGAAAAAUUGAAUAAAUGGUGUAUUGCUUAAUUUAAAAUCAAGUUAUAAUGAAAUGAACAUGACACAUCUUUUUUCAUUUCAUUUGUCUUCUAUUGUGUUCAAAGAAAGUGUUGGUUAUCCUACAGUCAUCCACGUGGCACAUGACCCUGCGAGGAAUUCACUUCGUGUUUUCAUUAUUAAUAUUUUUCAGCUCAUAAAAUCGCUGCUUUAAAUCUCAAUUUUUUUUCUCUCCACUCUUUCUUCAACAAAGAUCUGGUGAGAUUCUUUACUUUGUUCUUUCCUCGUGCCAGCUUCUGCCGACAGUUCAAUGUACGAUAGUUGUGUUUACGUUAAUCCAAAAUUUUUGAUAGUUUUGAGACUCGUAUAAAAACUGAUUUAAUUACUUAUUAUCACUAUCAUCGCUUUUGAUCACGUCUAUACGUCAAUAAUAAAUAGAGCUUUAUCCGUUACUUUCGUAAAAAAACGAAAUAACAGGUGUUAUUGUUGUAAUUAAAAAAUAAAUAAAUCUGGGAUCUUUGCAUUGAGAAUGUUAAAGGCCACUUUACAGAAAGGUCCAUUAAAUAAAACAAUAAAUUCGGUGCGCUGGUGUUAACAAAAUGCAGGGCUAUAUUCAUCUUGCUAGAUCUUAACCUGGAAAUAAUAGGACAUUAGAUGUAAGCUAUCGGCGUCUUGUGUUUUGAAGGACACGAAAAAAUUGCAGUCAUGUGUGUUACAGCUUAGUGACCUACAUUUUAAUCUUCCGGUCCCUGUCUGACAAUAUUUGGCGGUUCAAAAUUUCCAUACCAAAUUACACUUUCCAUAUUAUGCCAGUAUCGGUUUAUUUAGUAUUAAGAUCAUGUAUAUUUAUUUAUGCUUUUUGUUUUAAUUUGACAUGUUUUUGUGUCGUGCUGUUCCUUUAAUUUUUGUUGGCCAAAAAUUAAAUAUGUUUUAAAUGAUCCAGGUCAGCAGUUUUCCAGAGCCCUUCGCUAUUAUUGAAGCUAGAAUGUGCACUGCCGCAGGUAUCGGAACUAUCGAAAAAGUGGAAAAAGGUAUCAGAGUACUUCGAUUUCACUUGAUAGCAACGUUUUACUGCAAAGUUUAAGAUAAUAACCGUAUAUGUGUAUAAUUUUACUAGUUGGUGCGGAAAUUAUUUUUUGUUGAUAUGUUUGCGAGAAAAAAAGUGUCUUGUUCAACGUCCGUUGUGGUGGGAAAUAUUUGCUUCAUGUAAGUAUUCAUUCACGCAAAUCUAGUUUUGCAUUCGAUUGGACAUUUUUGCUUUUUCAAGGAACUUCGCUAAUCGCUAUCGUAUUAACCCUGACUGCAGAAAAAAGAAGGGAAGGUGAAACAGCCAUGGCGAAAGGUGGAUUUAAUAAUUUUCAAGUUCAUUCGAAACUUUUACACAGUAUACAAAUAUGCUAAUAUACACUGCGCAGCAAAAUUAACUCAUAUUUUGUAAAAUAAGAAAAUUCAAUUGAUGAAAAUUUAUAAUGUUUGUCAUUGGUUUAAAAUGAUGCCUCUGCGAAGAAGGCUGUGAAAACAAAUUCUGAUAUAUUUCCCAAAAAGUUGAAUUGUUUACUUACGGUACUUUAUUGUUUUAAAGCUAAUUGGCCGAACGAGCGAGGGAAUCUCUCGCCUGAAGUAUGUGCUGCUGCAGAUUUGUGGAAACAGACCUCGCACUAGUUCAAAUGGUAUUAUUCCGCCUUGGUGUGACACAAUCUGCGUUAUCUAGUGCACUGGCACGAUAUGAAAAGACUGGCAGAAACUAAAGAAGACCAUCGAUUUAUUACAGGCAAACAAGAUAAAGUGCACAGAAGAUUAGCAGAAAACAUUGCUGAAAACAGGCUUCGUAUAGGGCCGCAUCUGAUCCGCCACUAACCAACUAUAGACGCUCGAAAUCAACGUUUGCCCCCGGGCACGCCAAAAUGGGUGAAUGGGAUACUGUUUUCUGACGAGUCGCGAUUUUGCCUUUUAAGCGAUGUUCGCUUCACCCUGGAGAGCGAUACGCUCAAUGUAACCUGGCGGAAACUGUCAGCUAUGAAGGCGGCUCUGUUAUGGUUUAAGGUUUGGAGGCUCGUACGGACUUCAUUUAUUAGGGAAAAAAAUGUUAUUGAUACACGAUAAUGCACGCCUCUACGUAGCUGGAGUAAUGUCAUUAAACCUAACUGAAAUUUGAGAUCAAAUUGAACCAGACGAAAUCAGAAAUCUAAGUUCAAAUAUGCCAAGAGCAGGAAUUAGAGCAAGAGGUGGCAAUGCAUAUUAUAAAAUUUAGGUUUGUUAACAGAUUUUUGUUAUAUCUCUAGUGCGCACGUAAUAAAAUGUUGAAAAUAAUAAUUCUGUUUAUAUAGAAAUUGAUAUCUCUAACUUAAAAAUAAUUUUCGAUGUUUUUCCAAAAUAUGCGUUAAAUUUGACGCGCAGUGUAAUUAAAUAUUCUUUGGCGUGUACUUUCUUAUCAUUACCUUGGAGGCUCGUACGGACUUUGUUCUGAUUCAAACCAAAUCUGAAAAGUUAAUAUCGCAUUUAUAUAAUUACUCAUUUUCUUCAUUAUAAUUUAUUUACAAGCAAUUUGUUUAAUAAACAACGAGGUAGUGUUCGACGAAACAGAUCGACUACCUAGAGCCUGCCUGCCUGCCAAAUAUCAUUCAACAUAAUUAUGAAGGUGUGAACUUAAUAGUUGAAAGUCAAUCAAACAUUAUUUUGAAGUUAUUUCACUCUUAGAAUAUUGAAUCGUAGAUUUUGAGUUUCCUUGGUCCUUUUGAGUUAGUACACAAGCGUUAUAGUAUCCUGACCGUCCGUCGGUCAAGUUUGUCGAUGAAAUAUAAAUGAAAAUUAAAUAUCUGAAAAUAUCUAUCAGUAAUAACUUCAAUUUAAUUAAAUUUAAGGUUUCUUUUCUCAAUCUAUUUUAUAUAUAGAUGAUCACUUAAUCAUUUUUAUGGUUUAAAUUUAAACUAGUUAUAGAAGAAAGUGAAGUUUAUGAAUAUUUAGAGUAUCUUGCAGUAUGUUAAAUGAAAUGUCAAAUUUAUUUUAUUUCUUUAGUGAAUUUUAGAAUUUUCUCAAUUAUUGUCCUAGAGAUUCAUUGUUUCAAAUUGUCUAUCUCAUACGAAAAUUCUGUUAAUAGGUAAAACUAACAACUAACCAAAUCUGCUCAUUAACUCCAACUGAGAUUCGCUUUACUGUAGAACUGUUACAAUAAAUGCUGAUUUUUAGAACUAUUUAUUUAUGAGAUAUAUUUUGUUCAUUGAGAUAUUGCACCUUUCUUAUACUCGUGUAUAUGAAUUUCGUUGAGCUUCUUCUGUUUCAGAUUUGCUGGCGUGUGGUGUAUUUUGGCACAUUUUUUUUCUUUACAUUUUGUAGUUACACUGUAGUUACAUUGGUAUUGUUUUUAUUUACGAUCAUUUUAAUGUCAUUGAACAAUAAACGUUUUCA